UCUCAUCACGAUCCUGCUGGGACGCCAGGUAUUUUGAUAAACAGUAGAUGUAGUUCGAGUGAAGCUUACAAUGUGACUGCUUUUGAACGGAACUUCGAGGCUGAAAGUGACGUGAGCUGAAGUCUGAAGCUGUUCCUUUCGACAAUCAGUGGCAAUGCGUGAAAAAUUCUCUCCCUUACAGCCUCCGCCAUCCUCACUGUUGAUCUAGUUCACUGCUUGGUAGCUGUUUCUGAAAGAUGUCGAACACGCAGAUCUAGCGUUGAUAGCAGAGAAAAGAUCCCGGGGGUUCUGUUUUCUUCCAAGCAUUGAGAAUCAGUUCGUGAACGCAGUGGUGGCUGGCGGAGCUCCGAUUCGUAUUUUGUGACAGCGGUGUACGUGUGACUUUCAACUCCCGACAAGUUUGGUAUCGUUGCAGUCUCCUAUAACCACAGGCCUACUCCCACACACACACACGUAUUACUAAGCCGGGACUGGGCCGCUGACUUCGUCCGCUACGCCUCCGUCAUGGGCUCUGUGUACAGUGUCGUGCUCAUGCAGCGCAAGUGCGCGUACCACAUGGAGUUGCUGGACCGGGAGAUGGCGCUGAACGAUCGAAUACGUGUACGCACAAUCAUGGACAUUGCGUCGGAGCAGGACGUCAUCGAAGCGCUCAGCAGUCUCAAGGCUUUCCGAGGUUGGUUGGGAACGGGCAGACCGAACUCUGAGCUGAAAGACAUUGAGAAGCUGUGCGACACUGCGGUCUCCAGUGCCUGCUGCAAGACGGUUCGCAAACCGAUCAUGGUGCAGGCGGAGGAGAUCACCAACAAGGCGAAUCUGAGAAUCCUGAACGCCCGCAACACGCUCAGCAAGCACAUUGCCUAUCUCUCUGAGUACCAGAAGUUGCUGAGCGGGAAUCAAAGGCUGCAGAGCGAGCUGUCGCGCAAGUCCAUCCAGCUGGAUGUCAGCGAAUCUCUCAGUCAGGAGAACAUCGACAAGCUCAAGGACAGUGCGGAGUGGAAGAGCAAGCGAAGAACAGUCUCGCGACUGGCAGGAAAGGUAGCUUACGCCGAUCCGAUGGACACGUCCGCCAUCUCGACGCAGCUGGCUCUCGCCGGUUUCCCGGAGAACGAACACCUGAACAGGCUGAUCAGCAAUGGCGUGUUGAGAGCUGCUGUUCUCAUUACGGCACUGGGUAUCUAAUACAGAUCCGGAUGAGCGCUCUUGUUCUUGAAUGAGAUAAAGGGAUUGUAAUCUUAUCCCCCCCGCGACCACCCCUUUGCAACUAAUAAUUACACUUGUGACAUUAUUCCGAGCCAUUUUUGGGCAGGGCUCUUGAUAUGAGUCGAGUUCAAUACACAGUUUCAGUCAUAUUCAUUGCCAAUACGCUGCAUUUACUGUGCAUGUAUGUCAUACAAGUGCUGGCUGGACAGCUUGCGGGAUCAGUUCAUUAUUGGCAUAUCGGGUACCUAUAGCAGCUUAUGAGAACCGCCACUGCCUGCUAUUGAUCUUUUCUUCAUCCUCUUCUUUUAUUCUCAUAUGUAGGAUUUGCCUUGAGCCCGCCAUGCAGUCUAUUUCUCCAUCCAUGGCCAUAUUUCA